AUGUCACUUUCCAUGGUUAAACGAGCCCCAAACCUGGAAGCUGACGGCAUCGUCACAUUGGAAAGGACAGAUCCAGCGCGUCAAGUGGUCCCCUUCGAAAGGGCUGCCUUCGCCAACGGGUGGCUGACCAUGGGCUUGGACGCUGUACAACCUGUCAACCGAAGCCACAACCACGGCACGAGCAUGGACGGUCCGUAG